AUGGAGAAGCUCAAAGCGGCGGUCGCGGCAGCGGAGCAGAGCCGCCGCCAGGCGCAGGACACAACAAGAGCGUGUCAGGACAGGGAUGCAGCCCUGCUCGCCCAGCGCCGGCGACGCCUGGAGUCUGGCUUUGCCAAGGUGUACGAGGAGGCUCGAAAACAGGCCGAUGCCGAUCUCGCCGCACAAAGGGCAUCAGCGCCUAGCCUCACCUUUGCCGACGAGGCCGAGGUCCGGCGUGUCCUGCAGGCAGCAUCAGAUCAUGCUGUGCUCCAGCUGCCACCUGGUGCCAAUGCUGCGGUCCUGCGCAAGAGGUACCGCCAGAUGGCGGUGUCGCUCCACCCGGACAAGAGCUCUGCGCCUGGGGCCGCCGACGCCUUUCACCGCCUGGUGACGGCCUACCGCAACCUGGCGGCCUUUGCCUAG